AUGAGAAAGUUGAAUAUAGACUUGAAUGCAGCUGGAAAAAGUAGGCUAAUGCAAUUGAAUGAACUUGGUGAGUUUAGGAAUGAAGCCUGUGAGAAUGCCAAGAUUUACAAGGAACACGCCAAGGCAUGGCAUGACAAGAACUUGGUUCGCAAAGAAUUUCAACCAGGUCUGCAGGUGUUAUUGUUUAAUUCCAGAUUGAAACUCUUUCCAGGAAAAUUGAAAUUGAGAUGGUCGGGACCGUACACAGUAGUGAAGGUAUCUCCUUAUGGUUCGUUGGAGUUGAAAAAUCGAAAUAAUGAAACAUUUAAGGUGAACGGUCAACGAGUGAAGCCAUACUUGGGUGGUCUCAUUGAUCAAGCCAAGACCAUUAUUCUGUUGAAGCCUCUUUGA